UUGCUGGCAUGGACAAUUAGCUGAAUUGCAUAGGGAAACAGGUCCUAUUCGGAGGCAAAUUAAGAGAGAAAAAAAGAACCCUUCCAUCCCAAACUAUAAUUUAACCUAGAUCAGAUUGGAGUAGUCGUAGUCGGAGAGCGGGAAGAUGGAGGGAGGCGGCGCAACUUUGGAUCGGGACGCGAUCAUGGAGUGCCGGAGCACCCCUUCUGCGGGGCCCUUGGAGCUGGAGGGUCUCGGGAAGAAGCAGAUGGAGGCCAAGCGAAAGGAAGAUGAGGAGAGGGAGAGAUAUGAAAUUUACAUCGAAGAGUUGAUGGAGCAGGAUAAGGAGGAGGGUACAAAGACGAUGCCGCGGUCACAGAUUGUCAAGUACUAUGAUCUUGUGGCAAAAGCAUGGGGAUGGGACAAGCUGCUACCGUUCGAGGGUGUGUCGUGGUCCGACUACAGCAAGUACCUUGAAGAGUAUUACCGACGCAAUGCUCGUCAGCUCGUUCCUGGUGCUGCAGCUGCUACGGGUACCGGCGUUGCUCUUGCUGAAAUUUGUCUUAAGAAGGAGGAGCAACUUGCGUCUGAAUGGAAGAUCCGGAUGAAUUCGAAAAUGCAUAUGAUCUUACCGAGCAAAUCAAUAAAUGCACGAGAGUGCACAUUCAGUCAUUCGUGCAGCGGGUUGCAAAUUUUCUGAUGUUUCCUCUGCCGCUUUGUUGGUACGUUCUUUACCUGGCCCUAGCACACCAAACAAAAUAAAACUUCUUGUAUUUGACCAAUAAAUGCUUUGUAAUCCUCUCUCUGCAUCCUAAUCAACUAACGUUUACUGGCAUGGACAAUUAGCUGAAUUGAAAAGGGAAAAAAAUCCUAUUCGGAGGGAAAAUAAAAAAACCCCUUCUAUCCCAACUAUAAUUGAACCAUUCCCAUCUAUAUGUAUGGUUAACAUUGUUUCCUGGAAAACUUAUUCUGCUUAUGGUUACAAGAUAUAGUAGGUCUAGUGGAAGUGAUCUGAUCUCAAUCUUGAAGCAUUACUGGAUCCUAAUAAUUUGGUUAACAUUGUUUCCUGGAAAACUGCUUAUAGUUACAAGAUAUAGUAGGUCUAGUGGAAGUGAUCUGAUCUCAAUCUUGAAGCACUACUGGGUCCUAAUAAUUUGGGCAGUUGUACAAACUACAACCUGGUGCAUGUUGUAAUCACCAACAACCUCACUGUGACUCUCAGUACAAAUUAAUGUCGAUUCCUAAAAAAAAAAUCAAUGUCAUGUUUUAAGGUUUCCAGUUGACUACACACUUUUCUUUUAUUGAAGCUUAAACCCUGGAGCAUGGAUCUAUAUGACAUUUGUUUUUUUUAAGUGAAACAUCACAAAGUAUAUGUUUACUGUGUACUGCGUAGGAGUAGCUGCAAGUUAGUAGAUGGGGCUGAGGUUUUCAAUGCUUAUUCUUUCAUUUGUUAUCCAUGUGGGCAGAUUGGACCGGUACAAUCCAAGUUGGUGCAUACACCUUCAGUAGAAUAGUUGGAAUCUGUUGGUAGCAUGUAAAAAACUAGGCUAAGCUAGGAGGAACUGCUUACUUAUAAAGAUGAAAUUGGCACCCAAAUUCACCUUGAUGAGUUGGGUGGUUUAUCGAUUAUCUUGUUUGACUUUUCACGGUAUUUGUACUAAUGCAAAAAAUGGUUUCAAGUGCAUUGCCAAGGAGGCUGACCUGACGUGCGAGUUGCUGAGGCAUGGCGCUAGUCCCAGUGAUGAUUACUUAAUCAACCAGAGCAGCGAGAUGCGCAUUGUGUGUUGAGCCUUAUGAACUGCACUUCGUGCCAUUCUGUUGCUGCCUCUGCUGCCAUGUUGGGUGUUUCAAAGGAGGCUGAAACAAUGUGCAAGUGGAUGAGGGAAAAUGACAUGCUUCUUGAUGUCUUACCUGAGGACCUUGAGGACAGCCGCAUAAUACGGAUUCAAACCUUAUAUGUCAUGAUUGACAUACUGGAAAAGUCUUCUUCUUCUGCUGCUUCUGGAAACAAGAUUGAUAAGGAAGAAUCUGCUAGUGAAAUGGUCCUUUCGGUGAUGGGAAUGGCAUUGCUGCUGAUGAAGCAGCAACCAUCACGGUGCAGCACUUCAGAUUUAUUGGAUUCUCAAUAUCAGCAAAAGAUCAAAGAUCUAAAAUGUUCAGGAGAUUUUCUGGAAAAAGUAUGGGGGUGGGAAAGGCUAGUGCCACUCAACAGUUCUGUUGCAUGGUCUGACUAUAGCAACUACCUUUUGGAGUAUUACAACCGCAAUGCUUUAAAGUUCGUUGCAGAAGUGGCUGCCAAUCAGAAUCCUGAUUGGCUAUUGGAUCUUGCUGACCGAGUUUUUGCUACUGCUGUUGCCAAAUCUUGUCUCGAGAUGGAGGAGGAACUUGUGUCCGAGUGGAAGAAUCAUGUGACACAUCGUCUGGAUGAGAUCUUACCAGCCAACACUUCGAUUCAGAGUAGCCUUAUCAAGGAGCGUGCACUCUCAAUCACAAGUGACAAUUUUUUUGUUCCUUCAACCAUUGCUUUUGUGUGUAUCACCAAGGAGGCUGACCUGACGCAUGAGCUGCUGAAGCAUGGUGCUAAGCCUACUGAUGACAUGAUCCAGCAGAGCAGUGUGAUCCGCAUGGGCGCCUUAGGCCUUGUAAACCUAAAAGGAUGCCAGUCUAUUGCUUCUUCUGCUGCAAUGGUGGGUAUGGCAAAGGAGGCCAAAAUGAUGUGUGAUUGGAUGAAGAGAGAGAGCAAGCUUCUCACCUUCAGCAUGUCUGAGCCUCCCGAGCUUGAGGGGGCAUGCUUCAUCCGAAACAGAACCUUGGGUGUUAUGAUCAACAUACUGCAAGAGUCUACCUUUCCUUCUUCCAAGGCAUCACAAGAUCCUUUCAUGAUCAUGAGGCUUCUCAGCGGCCCUGGCGACGAUCUUCGGUGGGAUCUCCGUCGUGGAGCCGAGGAAGUGUGCCACCUGCGCACCCUUGAGGGCUGACUGGACUUGAGCCUUCCAGAGCGGAUGAUUAUUCCGCGCCAGCUUCUCGGUCACCGGAUAGCCUAGAGAAGGAACAGCAGCAGAUGCGGAGGAACCUAAAGUUCCCAUGGAUCAAGUCGGCAAGAAACCGAGCUCUGAUUAUCAUGUAAAACUUUGGUGUAACGAGAUACCUUCUCAGGUUCUCGGCUCCGUGUUUAUAUAGCUAGGAAUAGCCCCUAGCAUGGCGUUUACAACUUGUACAAGAAGUAGAUUACAAGUGUGACUUACAAGCUAAGAUAUACAACAACCAAAUCUAAUCUACAACAAACCGGAGCCUAAACCUAUCCGUUCUCAACACCAGGAUACGGGUGCAUAUCUUAACAAUUGCAAGAUGGAUGAAUAUCAUAUAGUUGUUUUAUUUUAUUUUUCUUACCUGGCUCUGCUGUCAGUCUAUAUAAUGGCAGUGUGUUAUUCACAUUUUAAUGGCAAGAAAAAUGCAUUUCCCUAGUGGCAAUUGCAAUGUUAUCAUGAGUGUCCUGCCACCUUUUUUUCCCCCACCGUGUUUGGCCAAUAGGUAAAGUUGCCUAAUUGAUCCACGCUAUUCUUUCUACUGCAGACGCCUGAUGAUGCAAUGACACAUGACUCGAAUAAAUAAGGAUUUGGGACCCCCAAGUUUCUUUUACCUGGAACACUAGGCCACUUGCCAAUCAAAUCGUGCUACCAACAUGUUCUACUGGCGUACUGCUUGCUCAGGGUAGUAUAGUCUGUUAGAUCUUAAUUUGCUGCUCCAUUUUCUUGCUAGUGUCUGCUUUAGGGAUGUUUUUGGAUUCAUUUGCAGCGUUUAAGUUUGUAGCGCAAAUCCGGUGUCAGCAGCGAGGAACACAAGCGGAAUGUUACAAGUACUUUCACGUUUGUGAAAAAAAUAAGAUUUUUUAAAAAUAAAAAUCUAAGA